CCACUAUUCAAUACUCUUGAAAGCGACCGCGUUGGGAACGUAUCGUUGCUCCAAGCAAGUUUUCUCUCGUCGAGCUAGUCUACUUCUCGAAUAAGGACCGCGAUUACGACGCGAGUGCAUUCGUGUGCUUUUUAAUUCAGCUGUGAUUGACGUCUUUUUGACAUUCAGUUGAAUAAUAAACUGAAAAAAAUGCCAGAAGACGUAAGCAUGGCGGAUGCAAACGAGGUUGAGACCUUCGCCUUCCAGGCCGAGAUCGCUCAGUUGAUGAGCCUGAUUAUCAAUACCUUCUACUCGAACAAGGAAAUAUUCAUCCGAGAAUUGAUCUCCAAUUCGUCUGAUGCAUUGGACAAGAUACGAUAUGAAUCUCUCACAGACCCAUCCAAGCUGGAUACAUGCAAGGAACUGUUCAUUAAGAUUAUACCAAACAAAAAUGACCGUACCUUGACAAUUCUUGAUUCUGGUAUUGGUAUGACCAAAGCUGAUCUUGUAAACAAUCUGGGUACUAUUGCCAAGUCUGGUACAAAGGCAUUCAUGGAGGCAUUGCAGGCAGGUGCUGAUAUUUCCAUGAUUGGACAGUUUGGUGUAGGUUUUUACUCGGCAUAUCUUGUGGCUGACAAAGUCACUGUAAUCUCGAAACACAAUGAUGACGAGCAAUACUUGUGGGAAUCUUCUGCUGGAGGUUCGUUCACUGUUCGGCCUGACAAUGGCGAACCUAUUGGACGAGGCACAAAGAUCAUCUUGCACAUCAAGGAAGAUCAAACUGAAUAUUUGGAGGAAUCAAAAAUUAAGGAGAUUGUAAAGAAACAUUCCCAAUUCAUUGGCUAUCCCAUCAAGCUUGUUGUAGAGAAGGAGCGUGAUAAGGAACUGAGCGAGGAUGAAGAAGAAGAACCUGCAAAGGAGGGUGAGACUGAAGACGAAAAGCCAAAGAUCGAAGAUGUCGGCGAAGAUGAGGAAGAAGAUAAACCCAAAGAAGAGAAAAAGAAGAAGAAGAAGACUAUCAAGGAGAAGUACACCGAAGAUGAGGAAUUGAAUAAGACCAAACCGAUCUGGACAAGGAAUCCAGAUGACAUUACGCAGGAAGAGUAUGGUGAAUUUUACAAGAGCUUGACCAAUGAUUGGGAAGAUCAUUUGGCUGUGAAACAUUUCUCUGUAGAGGGGCAGUUGGAGUUCAGAGCACUGCUGUUUAUUCCACGUCGUGCACCAUUUGAUCUGUUUGAGAACAAGAAGAGGAAGAACAACAUCAAAUUGUAUGUACGACGUGUUUUCAUCAUGGACAACUGCGAGGAUUUGAUUCCUGAGUAUCUGAACUUCAUCAAGGGUGUUGUAGACAGCGAAGAUCUGCCUCUGAAUAUCUCUCGUGAGAUGUUGCAACAGAAUAAAAUCCUGAAAGUUAUCAGAAAAAAUCUUGUUAAGAAAUGCUUGGAACUUUUUGAAGAAUUGUCGGAGGAUAAGGAGAACUAUAAGAAGUGUUAUGAGCAAUUCAGCAAGAAUCUGAAAUUAGGUAUUCACGAGGACAGCCAAAAUAGGAAGAAGCUCUCAGAGUUGCUGCGCUAUCACACUUCUGCAUCUGGUGACGAAAUGUGCUCUCUUAAAGAUUACGUCGGCAGGAUGAAAGAAAAUCAGAAGCACAUUUACUACAUCACUGGCGAGAGCAGGGAGCAAGUCGCCAAUAGCUCAUUUGUGGAGCGCGUAAAGAAGCGUGGUUUCGAGGUUGUUUAUAUGACUGAACCCAUUGAUGAGUACGUUGUCCAGCAGCUGAAGGAAUUCGACGGAAAGCAGUUGGUAUCUGUCACAAAGGAAGGCUUGGAAUUGCCAGAGGAUGAGGAGGAAAAGAAAAAGCGCGAGGAAGACAAGGCCAAAUUCGAGAACCUUUGCAAAGUCAUGAAGGAUAUCUUAGACAAGAAGGUCGAAAAGGUAGUUGUGUCCAACAGAUUGGUCGAUUCGCCUUGCUGUAUCGUCACAUCACAAUAUGGCUGGACGGCGAAUAUGGAAAGGAUCAUGAAGGCACAAGCCCUUCGAGACACAUCCACCAUGGGAUAUAUGGCAGCGAAAAAGCAUUUGGAGAUCAAUCCUGAUCAUCCUAUCAUGGAAAAUUUGAGGCAAAAGGCUGAAGCUGACAAACACGAUAAGUCUGUUAAAGAUCUAGUCAUGUUGCUGUUCGAGACUGCGCUCCUGUCAUCUGGUUUUGCGCUCGAGGAUCCCCAGGUUCACGCAUCCAGAAUAUACAGGAUGAUCAAACUCGGCUUGGGCUUUGAUGAUGAGGAUACGCCGUCUCCCGAGGACGAGAAGAUGGAGACGGAAGUACCGACGUUGGAAGGAGAUGCAGAAGAAGCAUCAAGGAUGGAAGAAGUAGAUUAAGAUGUAUUAAGUUCUUAUUUAGAUUCAUCCAUUCAUAAAAAAAAUAAAAAAAAUAUUUAGUUUUUUUUUUUUUUUUAAUAUGAAAAUAAUUUGAUAAGAUAUUGCAACUUUUUAUUAUCUUCCACAUAGAAUUCUACAAAUAGAUAAAUUCGAAAAACAUAAAUUGUAUUAAAAAAAAAAAAAAAAGAAAUACUAAUUAAUAAAUAUUAAUUCUAUUUAAAAUUUAAAGUAUUUUUACAAUAUACUUCUCUUGGCAAGAAUAAGAAAAAAAUAUUUAAUACUUAAAGUAAAAUUAAAUAUCAAUUUUUAAGCAAAAAUCUUUCUAAAUCUUUCUUUAUUUUAAAUUUAAGUUAAAUUUAAAUUAAGAAAAAUUUUAAGAUUAAGUUAGUCUUUCAUUUUCUAUUUAAAACUAGAAAAAUAAGAAAGAUUGUUCUAUUUAAUUAUACUUUAAAUAUUAAGUGUUUUAUUUUUUUUUCUCUUGAUGUGGAAAUUAUGCAUAUUUUAAACUUUAAAUAGAAUUAAUAUUUCCAUCAAUAAAAUGAUUAAAUUUUGUUUUUCCAAAUUUAUAUCUAUUUUUACAAUUUUAUGUGGAAGAAUAAUAUAAAGAUACAAAUAUUAAAAUAUUUAUUAUUGUAUCACCUUGUUGACUGCAUCUUUCCCAUCUUUUCAAUUUCUUCGUUAAGAACAUGCGCUAGAAUAUGAGUAAUCAUCGUAGGAUACAUAGAAAGAUGUAAUAGACAAGAGAAAAACUUAUGCUGUUCAUAAUUACACUGAAAUACCAUAUGAUUAUUAGUGUUCAUGUCUCAUUGCAAUGUUAAACAAGAUAUAUUACAAAUUUAUCGAAAUUUUUUAUAAAAUUUUUGUUGAAGGCUUGUUAAAGAUAAUUUUAAUAUCUAUAUCUUAAUACAUUCUCUGGCUAAGAGAAUAUAGAUUCCAAACUUAUAUAAAAUAUUGUAUUUAAACUUAAUUCGUUUAUUUCAAGAACGAAUGAAUGAAAAUAUACAUGUCUGUAUAUGAUACGAUUUUGUGAGUUUGAAAUCAUUAAAGACUGAUACGUGCGAUGAUAAA